AUGGCAGUUUUGUCUGACGGAGAGCUCACUCCAGUAAGGCGUAGCAAGCGGAAUGCAGACGUGGUUGAUGUAGAUUCACUCGAGAGGGUAGAAAGAAGAGUUACGAUCAAGAACCUCGAGAAACCCCAAGAUGUUGACGCAGAAAGAUUGAAAGCACCUAAAUCUGUUAACAAACUUGAGAACGAAUGUGAUUUUGAGGAAGAUGAGAUUGAUCCCGACACCUCCACUAUUAGUUGA